UUGGCGCCAAAUAUCAAAUCCGCAACCCCAGUCUCAGAUCUGGUUUCGUCAAAAUUGAGAGAUGGGUUUGAAGCGCAAGAGAUCCAAGAAGCUUCCAGACCCCGUUGUACAGCGAACCCCGACUCGGAAUCGUCUUCCCCCACUCACCUUCGAAACCCUAAUUUCUUCAAUUCAAGCACCCCAGGGUCUAAAUGUGCCGGUUUUGAAGCGAUUAUAUGCACUAGGGGUUGCAAUGUCUUCAAUGGAAUCCACAGAUUGGUCAAACGCCGAAGGCGGCUGUAAUUUAUUUGGGAAUGAACUUAAAUUGGAAGAUCUACAAUGUCUCAUCCGUUGUUUGUUCAAAGAGCUGGAUAAGCGGCUUGAAGUCCUAUUCGCGGCUUUGUCUUAUGCCAAUGCAGAUAAAGGUCCCAAGCAUAAUGGCUCUGACAAAAAUAUGGGGGUCGAUGUUGAUGAACUAGCCCUGCUUUUGAGAUGCUGUAUAUCCUUGAGUACGGUGGACCCAAGUUCAAUUAUGGAGAAGACCCAAUUUCUUCUUGCUGUGCUUGGGAAAGUGAUUGGUUUGGUUAAAAGUGGAUGCUGCGAUGUCAUCUUUCGAAAGUCUGUUUCUUGUGAAAGCACGUAUACUGAUGCUGAUGGAACCUGUGUUUCUGAAGACUUUGUUGCUUCCUUAUGUCUCUUAGAGCCUUCUAAUCCGUGGGACCCAGUUCUAUGUUCCUUGCUGGAGAUAUUUGCAGACGAACUUUUAAUGCGGAGACCGUUAAGGAAGUACUUUCUGGCUGUUGAUUCUGCUUCUUGCAUAAGUGAAAGGUUAUUCAAUAACUUUGUUAAAAGUGAUAUUGUAAGUGUUCUGGAGGUGAUUUCUGUUCAUUUCACAUCAUCAUUUUCCGAGGGGCCAGCUUCUGAGAACUUUCACAAAAGACUAUACUUGCAAUUCAGCAAGCAUUUUAGAGGUCCUGAAUUGAGCCUGACUGCAGCCUUGCCUCUGCUUCUCAACCCCACCAUGCUUUCCGCGCCCAAAAUGUUACUGACGCAUUUGAUUUUAUUAGUCUGUGAAGCCAUAGAUUCAGACUUUUCUUUGAAGAAAGCUAGACCAGAUUUUAGAAAAAUGGACUACUACCUGACAGCAAUUGAAACUUCAGUUACUUUGUACACUAGCCACAUGUCUAGUUCACUUAAGGAUCACCAUCCAUUCGGUGUUAGCUGUUCUCAUGCCAAUUCUUGGAUGAUUGGGAGUUAUCAUCCUUCUUUCGAAUCUUGUAUUCAGAAAGGAACGACUGAGAAAAUCUGUAAUCGAGUUACCCAUUUAGGUUCCUUGAGGCGGUUCAGAAAGUCUGAUAUGAUGGCAGCUUCUACUGCAUACAUAAACGAGAACCAACAGAUUUUUGAUGAAUCGUGUAAAGAUGAUAUUCUGUCGGCAUUACAUAGCAUAGUACAUGGAGGCUCUUCUUCAGAUGUCAAUCAUAAUGUUUUUCACAGAGAAGGGGAUACAAACCCAGAAGAUAUUUAUCUUCUUGCUUCGAUAUUGAAGUUAAUGAGUAGUUCCUUGUUGAAAGCUAUUUGGUGCCUGAGAAAUGGUGGGAAUUCGGGGUGUCCGCAAACCUUAAAGGAUGCUUCUUCACAUAAGGAAUAUGAUUUCAUGGUGGAUAUCAUUGGCUGCUUUAUUCAAUUUAAUUUGUCUCUACCUAAUCAGAAGUUUUUAUCAGACAUGAUGAAAACACGCCCGAUGAUACAUAAAAAUUCCAAGUGGAUCCUUCUGCAUUUUUUGGGCUUGCUAUCAUUAAGUUUCGCUAGUGGGAUUGACUUCUUAGUUAAGGGAUGCAUAUCAAUAAUCAUGGCAAUAUUAAAUCUAUGUGCUUUCGAAGAGGGUGAUAUAAUUGCGCUACGGUCAUUCUUAGAUAUUGGUUUGCAAUCUGUUUCAUUCAAAUUGCCUCCUGCUAAGGUUAUACAAGCUGUUGAGAAACAGAAAUCCACCAGAAAAGUUGCAUCAAAGUUUCAGAAGAUUCAAAAUGUUUACUUGAGAAAACAUUAUGUGACACGGAGUGACGUGGCAAAAACUUCUGAAAAUGCAAGCUUUAUGAGCUGCACAAGAGAGUUUACUGACGUCACAGAGGAGGAAACAGAAGAAACGUGCAAUGGGGAGAUGUUCCUCAAUUGCAAAGUACCAGGCUCCAAGAAGUCUGACCUUGAGGAUUUAGCAGGCUACCUUGUGUGCAAACCAGGGAAGGAGUACUCUAGCUGGUUGAAGGAUCGAGAAAAAUACCGAUCUUGGAUACACAAGAAAAAGGCAGUUGUAAGGUGGGAGAAAAAGAAAAAGACCUACCUGAAAGUGAUGAAGUAAUAGACCAUAGGUUUAUUGAUAGUACUUGUUUUUACCAUAUACUUGGGUUUUAGCUAGGUGAACAAUUGGAAGUUGAGAUUAUAUAGAACUUGUUCCGCUGGAUCAGCCUUAAUGGUGUAGUUUUGUGUAAUUAUAAUGAAGGCGAUUAGUACAAGUGCAAAAUUCUGAAUAACCAGGUACUGGAUAUAAAACUUGUUCCGCAGGAUAUAGAUAUAAGACUAUUCUUUUCAUA